AUGACGUCUCCAAGGAAAACUCGCCGACCGGUCCAGCCAAGACCUAAACAACCGGCGUACAUCAACCCUCUACAUCGCCAAACAACAACGACUAUUCGACCGUAUGUUCCCUCUCGUCGACAGCAACCACCAAUCAACGCAAAUUCUCCACUUGCCACGCAGAACACACUGCCUGACAAGCCAGCCAAGCCUUUCCCUUUCUUCAAACUUCCUGGCGAGAUCAGAAACAAAAUAUAUAGUCUUGUCGUCCCCAAUACUCUAGUGAUUGUCUCAUCGAACCAUCCUCAGAAGGAGUACAAUCAACUGAAAGCCCAAAAACUCCCUGGUGAGCAGGUGAAAUGUCCCCGCCUUCGGCUAUUUGGGCAGUUUCAAGGCCAGAAUACUCCCGUAGCAAUGCUGUUCACUUGCCGACAGAUGUAUCAAGAGCUCCGUCAACUCAUCUACUCCAGAACCACCUUCUGUUUCGACAGAUUCGUCGUCAUCAACAAAUUCCUCAAUCGUGUCCAGAAAGCAUCCGCCACAAGCAUCGAAAGACUGGAAGUGAUCCACAAAGGAUAUAGUGAGCCUGAGCUCAUGGCCGACCGAGAAUGGAAAUCACGCCAUGAUGCACGCUGGGCGGCGAUGUUAAAACGUGUCAAAGCGGAGUUGACGGGCCUUCGAAGACUCAAACUCGACUUGACAAUCUACGACUGGCCAUGCUCACUUGAUAUCACCGAAGGAUGGGCUCGACCACUCCUCGACCUUGCUAGUGAUGGUCUCGAACGCGUUGAGAUCUUGCUGGAGCAUGAUCGGUUCCACAAGAUGAAAUGUGCCGGUGUGGCUCGAGAACUGGAGAGCAAAAUGAUGACGCCUAAGGGUAGAAAGAUGAAGGUGCAAGAAGCGCGAGCAGAGGACAAGAGAAAAGCCAAGAAGAUCCUGACGAUCACGUUUCCUCUAAACAACAGGAUCACAAGUAACAAUGUGCCAGUUCCGAAGAUGGCCAAAAGGACUGGUCUGAGUGAAUAUGCUCAAGCUCAGCCUCUCGUCGCAACUUGCGGCAUCCCCAUGUGGUAG